CUUUUAGUCUAUGUCUUCCCACUAUCAGCAUCAGAGUUUAGGUGGAAGCGCCUUCAACCACGGUCCUUCCAGCAAUGCCGAACAGGAAUACGAUCGUCUACGCGACCUAGCGCGCAAAGAGCAAGCACAGCAUCAGCAUUAUGCCGCCGAGGCCAGACAAGCGUACGAACGUGGAGACGGAGCUGGCGCGCACGAAGCCAGCCAAAAGAGCAAGCAGCAUGCUGCCAAAGCCGACGAAUACAACAAGCAGGCCUCGGAAUUCAUCUUUCGCGAGAAUAAUGCAGUAGGCAAGGUGGACGGCGACACUAUUGACCUCCACGGUCAAUUCGUAGAAGAGGCCGAAGAAAUACUCGAGCAGAGAAUCAGAUAUGCGCAACAGACGGGCCAGGCUCACUUGCACGUUAUUGUCGGCAAGGGAAAUCACAGUCCUGGUCACAUCCAGAAGAUCAAGCCGCGUGUUGAGCAGGUCUGUCGCGAGUUGAAUCUAGAGUAUCACACGGAGCCCAACGCUGGACGCAUCUACAUCGAUCUCAAGGGCGGCCAGCAGAGGCCAGACUACGACUACGCGCAUCAACCUCAACAUCAAAACUAUGGCCAACCACACUACGAGACUGCAUACCCUAUGGGUACCACUCCUCAGUAUGGCUACCAGCAGCAAAUGAAUUACUCCAAUGCUGUCCAAGGGGGAUAUCCAGGCGCUCCACAACAGCAGAUGCACGUCCAGGAGUCGGAGCAAGCCAAUGAUAUCAAGUGUUGCGGGAUCAAGAUAUGCGUGGUCAUGUAAUGCAGUUGUCGCGAUUGGUAGGACUGGUCAAAUGUUUUGGAAAGAGAAUUGGAUCCUCCUCGUACGUCUUUUCCGCUCAGGCAACGAUCGCCUUCGAGCGUAAUUGUGCCUGCGUCAACCACCUGAUUUGGCAGCUCACAUAAAUCUUGGACGACGCGGCGAGUCUCACAUCUCAACAGAAAACACGCGAAUUGGGAGAAGCUAUCUAGCUGUUCUAGGAUCACAUUUGGAUUGUCCAUCUAGGAUGAAAAGCCAGCGCGGAGGGUACGAAGCAAGGCACUAAACGCUGGCCAAACGAUCAGGACCAUAAAUAAUGGGCCUCAGAAUGGAAAAAAAUUUAAGCGGCCGAGCAUCAUAGCUAAUCGAGGAUCAUGUAUGCUCCGCAUGAGCUGGCAUCUUGUGGCCAUCAAUGUUCACGAGCCCCUUUUUUCAACC